GCACAGUGCGUGAACGUUUGUUGUUACCACUGAGUUAAUUAUGAAUCAUUUCCUCAUAUCCCACGUCUUAACUUAAUUAUUAAUCUAUUGAUGCGAACAGGGAAAGUUUUCGUAGUCAACACUUGUCAUUGAAUAAUCGCUUGUAAUUGUUCCAGUUAUCAUGAAAUCAUAAAGGAGUGCCUUUAACUGCUAUUUCUAGGCCGAGAAAAAGUGAAAACGCGCACUAUUGACUUUUUCCUUCCUCAACUGCUGUGGCAAGUCAACUGUCCUAACGCUCCACCGUUGUUUUUCUACUGGUUCGUCUCUGCUCUUUUGUACAUUUAUUGUUUUAUACAUUCAGAUCAACCAUGGACUUCGCAGAUGCACAACAUUUUGAAGGUAUAUAUUUUACAGAAAGAAACAUUGAGUUACCGCCUCAAGAUGUUGACAUGGAGUCUGAUGUUAGAAUUGGCGAAUCUGCAGUUGUCAAAUAUAACAUGGAUCGUAGCAAAGGGAAUCUGGCUUUAAUAAUCAAUAAUGAAACCUUCAACGAAUCGACUGGUAUGUCUAACCGACAAGGAUCCGAUAGAGAUGCAUUAGCUAUUAAACAGGCUUUGGAGUUGUUGCAUUUUAAAGUGAUCGACCGCAAGAAUUUAUCAGUGAAAAGCAUGAAACAAAUAUUUACGGAUAUAUCUGCGUUGGACCAUACGAAUUAUAACUGUUUCGUUUGUGUUAUAUUGUCUCACGGUGAAGACGAUAACCAGAUAUAUGGCAUUGAUGAUAAAGUAAAACUAGACGAUUUAGUGGAGAUGUUGCUUCCUAAUAGAUGUCCAAGCUUAAUAGGUAAGCCAAAACUAUUCUUCGUACAAGCCUGUCGGGGAACAAAACUGGACAGUGGUGCUGUUAUGCACGAUGCUGGUGAUGUCAGAGUCAGGCAUCAAAAUAUAAAAUCUCAGAAAGUACCACUUUGGGCCGACGUUCUUCUGGCUUAUUCCACUGUCCCUGGAUUUUACUCCUGGAGAAAUUCUACUAAUGGAUCGUGGUUUAUUCAGUCGUUAGCCCACAUUUUGGAAAGAGACGGAGACCAACAUGAACUGCAGCAAUUAAUGAUUUCAGUAAAUCGUAGGGUUGCCUAUGAAUAUGAGUCUAAUACCAACCACUGGCAUAUGAAUAAAAUGAAACAAAUUCCGUGCAUAGCAAGCAUGUUAACUAAAGAAUUAUACUUUUACAAGUAAAAUUAUAUAUACAUGCAUACAUACAUACAAGGAUGAAUCAAAAGCAGGGCCCAGUUUCUGGGAAAUCAUGCCUUUAUUGCUUUACAGGUCAUUACUAACAAUUUUUGAAAGUUACAUAAUGUGAAUCAUGUAUCUUGUUUUGUUGGGUCUGGAGUCAUUCUGUUUCAAUGCCUUAUUAAUUAACACACUCACCGGUUCAGUUUCUACUCAUUUACCUAUUUAUUUAAUUUUUUUUUUUCUAAAAUUUUCGUUACUUCUUGCAACCUCUUCAAUAGUUGUUGACUGUCAUGUUAUUAAUAUUCCUUGAUAUUCCAACCCUAAAAUAGGAAUUGGGUGCUACUUCUGACUCGCCCCGUAUGUAAACUUCAUGAAAUUUUUUCUAUUUCGUUUUAAAUUCUGCUGAAAACAUUUAAUUUCUUUUUACUUUAAUAUUGGAGAAAAUUACUGGCCUCAUUUUCGGCUAUUGACAGACUAUUUCUCUACGAUUAUAACGUAUACAGAUAACUUAAUAAAAUUGAUAAUUUAUAUUAAAAUAAUCGUUGUAUAUUGUUGGUUGUAUUGUAACGUACUGAAGCAUUUAUGGGGACAUUAUUAAACCAGUGAGGUACUGGUUUAAGCACCCCAUAACUCUUCGUAACUUUUAAAAAUAUUUUUUGGAAUUUUCAGCAAAUUUUUGUAAAUUUGUUUUCUACACGCGGAAAUUGAUUUAUCAUGCGAUUUUCUUUUAAAUUCUUUAACCCCCUCCUCUAUUAAUCCUAAAAUUUCCACUCUUUUUCGAUCUUUUUGCUUCAAUCAGAGUUUAAAAUAGAGAGUCCGAAUCUGUCAUUUGUUUGUUUAUAAUUUCAAACUAAUUGUUGAAAUCCAAAUUUAAAAAGUUAAAAAUAUUCUCGUGGCCUAUUUAUUAUAGCUUCUGGAUCGAAACACACCAUGUAACCCGUCAAGGUUAUAAUUUUUUUACCUUUUGGUACUUUCAGAAAUGUUUUGCGAAUUUGUGUAUUAUACCUUGGACCUCGCACAAUUGUACAAAAACAAAAUGUUUGCCCCUAUCCCCCAUAAAUCCUUACGGAUGCUGAAAUUAGACUUAACCCGUAUCGAUCGCAUUGCUGGGGUUUAUCUUCAUUGAUUUAAAAAUGGUAUGUAAAACACAAUUUUACUAGCAUACUUUUCUGUUAGUAAAUGGUUUUUGUUUUUCUUAUACAUAUACAGACAAUGGCGUGGCUAGAUUAUGUGCCGCCCCCGGACCCCACAAAAACCACAUAUUGCCUACAACAGACCCAAAAGUCCCGCCCAUUAAAAAUGCGGACCGCCUGCCCCACUAGCUAUGCUAGUGUAUACAGACACUCGCUUGGUAAGAAUUUUAAUUACAAAGUUAGUUUUUUUGUUUUGUUUUGUUGCUUAAAUCCCAGCGAUGGUCCAUCUUUGGCCGCAUCGUCAUUCUAUUGAAUGUGUUUAUGGGGAGAAAUAUAUU